GACCUAACUCCUUCAGGUUCGAAGAACCAGAGCUACUCUUUACGAUCCAUCUUCACUUUCAUCACUUUCUUUCUCUACAAUUCUCUCUAGACCUUUGAUUUCAUCACUCAAACACACUAAAAAUGCAAGCUCCAGUCCUCGUCCUCAAGGAUUCGUUGAAACGUGAGUCUGGACGGAAGGUCCAUCAUGCAAAUAUUCAGGCAUCCAAGGCUGUUGCAGAUAUAAUCCGCACUACAUUGGGCCCAAGAUCUAUGUUGAAGAUGCUACUUGAUGCUUCCGGUGGCAUUGUGGUUACUAAUGAUGGGAAUGCAAUUUUGCGUGAACUAGAUCUUGCGCACCCAGCAGCUAAGUCAAUGAUCGAACUUAGCCGAACACAAGAUGAAGAAGUUGGAGAUGGAACCACAUCAGUCAUUGUACUUGCUGGUGAAAUGCUCCAUGUUGCCGAGGCCUUCAUUGACAAAAAUUAUCAUCCUACAGUCAUUUGCCGAGCUUACAAUAAAGCUCUUGAAGACGCUUUAGCUGUUCUUGACACAAUUGCUAUGCCUAUUGACGUGAAAGACAGAACGGCAUUAUUGGGACUGGUUAAAAGCUCUAUUGGCACAAAAUUCACUAGUCAGUUUGGUGAUCUUAUUUCGGAUUUAGCAAUUGAUGCCACAGAAAUUGUUGGAGUGGACCUUGGUCAGGGGUUGCGUGAAGUGGACAUUAAGAAAUAUAUUAAGGUAGAGAAAAUCCCUGGGGGUCAACUGGAAGACUCAAGGGUUCUAAAGGGAGUAAUGUUUAAUAAAGAUGUGGUUGCCCCUGGUAAGAUGAGAAGAAAGAUUGUAAAUCCACGAAUUAUUCUUCUCGACUGCCCGUUAGAGUACAAGAAGGGUGAGAAUCAAACAAAUGCCGAGUUGCUUAAAGAAGAAGAUUGGGGUGUUCUAUUAAAGUUGGAAGAAGAAUACAUUGAGAAUCUGUGCAUGCAGAUACUGAAAUUUAAGCCUGAUUUAGUCAUCACAGAAAAGGGUCUUAGUGAUCUUGCAUGCCAUUACCUAAGCAAGGCAGGUGUCAGCGCAAUCCGAAGACUAAGGAAAACUGACAAUAACAGAAUUGCCAAGGCAUCUGGGGCUACUAUUGUUAACCGUCCUGAAGAGUUGCAAGAAUCUGAUGUUGGUACUGGUGCGGGUUUGUUUGAGAUUAAAAAGAUUGCAGAUGAAUUUUUUGCUUAUAUUGUUGAUUGCAAAGAUCCAAAAGCAUGCACUGUGUUAUUGAGAGGUGCAAGCAAGGACCUCUUGAAUGAGGUGGAAAGAAACUUGCAGGAUGCCUUGUGUGUGGCUAGAAACAUCAUAAAAAACCCAAAACUUGUUCCGGGUGGUGGUGCUACAGAAUUAACCGUUUCUGCUACCUUGAAACAAAAAAGCUCAUCUGUUGAAGGAAUAGAAAAAUGGCCAUAUGAAGCAGCAGCGAUUGCUUUUGAGGCGAUACCACGGACCUUAACUCAAAACUGUGGAGUUAAUGUCAUCCGAACAAUGACUGCCCUUCAAGGGAAGCAUGCAAAUGGUGAAAAUGCAUGGAUAGGAAUUGAUGGGAAUACUGGUGCUAUUGCUGAUAUGAAGGAGCAGAAGAUAUGGGAUUCCUACACUGUGAAGGCACAAACUUUCAAGACCGCAAUAGAGGCAGCUUGCAUGCUUCUGAGAAUUGAUGACAUAGUUAGCGGUAUCAAGAAGAAGCAAGCCCCCGGCUCAGGUCCAUCAAAACCUAAAGUUGAGGAAGAAGGAGAUGCAGACAACGAAAAUAUGAUCCCCGAGUGAAGAGACCUGAAAUUAUCCCUAUUCUCAUUUUGUUUCGGUUUUGUUUUCGUGUUCCUAGACUCGGACAACAACUGCUUGUUAGAUUAUUUGUUACUUUUGUCAUGUCCCUUCUUGUUAGCAGAAAAUUUUUGUGUUUAUGUUUGCUGUUUCUACCUUCAAGAGUUCCUAUGAUAUGAUUCAAAACCGUAUUUUAUAUCUACAUAUCAUUGGUUCCUA